CGAAGAUACAGACGGAGCAGUAAUCGUUUUUUUCGGUACCACUUUUAUUUUCACCCUUUGGUAAGCCCCUCUCGCUUUGUGUAAUCAGCGCGCAUUGCUGGACCCCUUGAACGGGCGAAAUUAGCGAACUGUCAAGCGACUUGUCAACAACUUGUUUACUAAUAAACAUUAAAAGUUCUGCGUGCUUUGUCCCCAGCCACACCAAGUCGGUCGGGGGAGAAUUCCGGAACACCGGGAAUUUGAGUGUAGGAGACAGUUGCGCCAAAAAAAAAAUUGCCGGAAAGAGGAACCAGUUGACGAAAUCCAGUUUAUAAUGCGCAAACGCAUUUUGGUGAUGGACGAUGAUGAACUAGAUGGAGAUGGAAAGCAAAAACCAGGUCACCAGGUGAGGAAUGGUACACCAUCGAAGGAGCUGUCUUCGUUUAAGUGCGUCGUAAAAAGGAUACGGCUACAAAGUCGCCGGUACAAAAGAAAGUUUAGACGAGCCAACGGAUUGGGUUUAUCGAAGGUUGGACUUCCUGGAGUACCCAAAAGCAUAACCUUCUAUGUUCCGGAAUUGUUCCUGACGCUGACUGGCCAUGCGUCGGUGGGAACUGAAGUGCCGUCACACACAUUGCAUGCUGAUUGGAUGCCCUUGUGGGAUUGGCUCAAUUCGGGUUUCUAGAGCAGACGUACGAGCGGAUGGCCAUUU